AUGGGGCAGCAAAACGUGGGUUGUUAUGUUUAUGAUGCUAACGGGAACUGGUAUCUGGAUGCACUAGCAGGAUUGUUUUCUACAGCUUUAGGUGAGACGGAAGAAGAAUUUGCAAGUAGAUUAGCCAACAAUUUAGAGAAUCUUAUCCCCAAAGAAGGGCCAGAAUCGAUCGCUGCCUUCAUUGUUGAACCAGUGAUUGGUGCUGGUGGUGUCAUCCUUCCUCCAAAUACAUAUUUUGAGAAGAUUCAAGCCGUGGUUAAGAAGCAUGGCAUCCUUUUCGUGGUAGAUGAGGUCAUUACUGGAUUCGGAAGGUUGGGAACCAUGUUUGGAUCUGAUUUGUAUAACAUCAAACCAGAUCUUGUAUCCUUGGCCAAGGCUCUUUCUUCUGCAUAUGCCCCUAUUGGAGCAAUAAUUGUUAGCCGGGAAAUAUCAGAUGUGAUUCAUUCUCAUAUCAAUAAGCUUGGUAUAUUUGCUCAUGGCUACACAUACUCUGGCCAUCCUGUUUCCUGUGCUGUGGCUUUAGAAGCACUAAAAAUUUAUCGGGAAAGAGAUAUUCCGGGUCAUGUGGCACAUGUUUCUCAAAGGUUCCAGAAGGGAAUCAAGGCCUUUGCACCUGGAAGUCCAAUUGUUGGGGAGACACGUGGUGUAGGAUUACUGAUAGCAACUGAGUUCACUGACAACAAAUCACCAAAUGAGUUAUUCCCUUUUGAGUGGGGCGUUGGUGAAAUAUUUGGAGCGGAGUGUAAGAAACAUGGCAUGAUUGUUAAGGUUCUUGGAAACUUGAUAGUAAUGUCCCCACCACUGAUAAUUUCCCAUGAAGAAAUUGAUGAGUUAGUAGGGAUAUAUGUAGAAGCACUAAAGGCCACAGAGGAAAGAGUGGCAGAGUUAAAAUCCAAGAAAACUUAG